AUGAGCUACGACCGCGCCAUUACUGUCUUCAGCCCAGAUGGGCAUCUCUUUCAGGUCGAAUACGCGCAGGAGGCGGUCCGCAAGGGUCUUUGCGCGGUUGGGGUGCGCGGAAAGGAUAGUAUCAUUUUCGCCGUGGAGAAGAAAUCGGUGCAAAAACUGCAGGACAGUCGCACAAUUCGCAAAAUCUACAAGCUGGAUGAGCACAUCUACCUUGCCUUUGCUGGCCUUUCCGCCGACGCCCGAGUGCUCGUGAACCACGCGCAGCUGGAGUGCCAACGCUUCCGUUUGAACUACGAGGAUGCCGUUGAUGUCGAUCUCCUUGUCCGAUACGUUGCAAAGGUGCAGCAGAAAUCAACGCAGUCCAGCGGAAGUCGUCCGUAUGGUGUUUCGACCAUCAUCGGCGGCUUCAACGAGAACGGGCAGCCGCAUUUGUGGAAGACGGAUCCCUCCGGCAUGAGUUCCGCAUGGCGAGCGGUGGCCAUUGGGCGCAACGAUAAAACGGUAUUGGAAUUCAUGGAGAAGAGCUACCAGGAAAAUAUGACACGCGACCAGUGCGUGCAUUUUGCCAUUAAGGCACUGUUGGAGGCUGUAGAGAGUGGCUCGAAGAAUAUUGAGCUUGUUGUUCUGGAGAACAAGAAGGCACUGUACAUGGGCGAUGAUGAGCUGCACAAGUUUGUUGUCGAGGUGGAAAAGGAGCGCGAGGAGGAGGCGGCCAGGAAGAGGCGUCUUGCCGAGGAGGAGUGA